UACUCCUUCCAUGCUUACUGAAGCAACGAAACCAGAGAAAGUGAAGAAUGGCAAAAGGAGAAGAACCCAGCAAUGGCUACAGCAGCAGCAGCAGCAGCGGCGAAGAAGAUGGCAACGCCGCUUGGAAAGCAGCCAUCGAUUCCGUCGCCGGAACCAACAGCUACGCCUCUUCCUUCACGAACGGGUCUUCCGCCACCAAACACAACGACCGUCAUGACAACAGUGAAGGCAACAAACCCGAAAAGAUUCAACUUAAGCACUACCAACUCAAGGCACAAAAGCUUCUGGAUGACAUUUUGGAGAAAACGUUAGAGAUAGUGAAAGAACCUGUCCCUGUCUUGAAUGAGGAUCCCAAGGUCAAUGAUGAGUGCGGCGGCAUUCGUUUGUUUAAGCAUUCUCAACCAGGAAUAAUCCUUGAUCAUGCAGAUGAACCUGAACCACCAAGGAAACGACCUAGAAUUCUUCCUGGAGAAGAUAUUGAUGAGAAAUCAAAGAAGUUUAGAAGACGGAUUCGAUCUGUUGCUGUUGACGGGGAAGGUUUAAUGGCUGCAGCUAAUGAUGCAUACAAGAAGUCAUUGGCUAGACUAGAAGCCAAAGAUGCAGCUGCAAAAGCUAAAGCCAAGAGAGAGGAGGAACGAAUUCAAACUCUGAAAAAGAUUAGGGGAGAGAGGUGGCUACCUUCCAUGGCUAAGGAGAUGCAGGUUAAAUCUCAACACUGACAUUGUAUUCCGAGGAUCAUGUUCCAAUCUUCGAUGCUGGUUUUGUAUAACUCGAUGAUCAAUUCUAAUGAUUUGUUAGUGGAGCAUGUUGUACCAAAAAAAUGUAGUUACAGAAUUAUAAUUGAGUCGUCAAAACUUAUUUUUUAUCA